AUGUGUUUAUGUAGGACUCUCCUUAUCCAACAAAUCCGAGGGAGUUCUAAUGCAAUUCUUGUCAAGGAGAAGAAACCCACCAAUUCCCUGUUGAUAACCAAAGAGGAAGGAUUGGUCUUGUACGAAGACAUGAUUCUCGGUCGUUCUUUCGAGGACAUGUGUGCUCAAAUGUACUACCGUGGCAAGAUGUUCGGUUUUGUCCACUUGUACAACGGCCAAGAAGCCGUCUCCACCGGCUUCAUCAAGCUUCUCACCAAAUCCGAUUCAGUCGUCAGCACGUACCGUGACCACGUCCACGCCCUCAGCAAAGGCGUCUCCGCUCGCGCCGUCAUGAGCGAACUCUUCGGGAAAGUCACCGGUUGCUGCAGAGGCCAAGGUGGGUCCAUGCACAUGUUCUCUAAAGAACACAACAUGCUCGGUGGCUUUGCUUUCAUAGGCGAAGGCAUCCCUGUCGCCACUGGUGCUGCCUUCACUUCCAAGUACAAGAGGGAAGUCUUGAAGCAGGACUGCGAUGACGUCACUGUUGCGUUCUUCGGAGAUGGGACUUGUAACAACGGGCAGUUCUACGAGUGUUUGAACAUAGCUGCGCUUUAUAAGUUGCCUAUUAUCUUCGUUGUUGAGAAUAACUUGUGGGCCAUUGGGAUGUCUCACUUGAGAUCGACUUCUGAUCCUGAGAUAUGGAAGAAAGGUCCUGCGUUUGGGAUGCCAGGUGUUCAUGUUGACGGUAUGGAUGUGCUCAAGGUGAGGGAAGUGGCUAAAGAGGCUGUUACUAGAGCUAGAAGAGGUGAAGGUCCGACAUUGGUGGAAUGUGAGACUUACAGGUUCAGAGGACACUCCUUGGCUGAUCCUGAUGAGCUCCGUGAUGCUGCUGAGAAAGCCAAGUAUGCGGCUAGAGAUACGAUCACAGCACUGAAGAAGUAUCUGAUAGAGAACAAGCUUGCGAAUGAAGGGGAACUUAAGAAGAUAGACGAUUUGGUGGAGGAAGCGGUUGAGUUUGCAGACGCGAGCCCACAGCCUGGUCGGAGUCAGUUGCUAGAGAAUGUGUUUGCUGAUCCAAAAGGGUUUGGAAUUGGACCUGAUGGACGUUACAGGUGUGAGGAUCCCAAGUUUACUGAAGGCACAGCUCAAGUCUGA